AUGGACGGCGCGAAUUCGUCGGUAGAAGACGUGCGCACGGUGGUGCUGCAAAAGGGUCCCUCCGGCCUCGGCUUCAACAUAGUGGGCGGCGAGGAUGGCGAGGGCAUCUUCGUGUCGUUUAUAUUGGCGGGCGGGCCGGCUGAUCUGUGCGGCGAGCUGCGGCGCGGCGAUCAGAUUCUGAGCGUCAACGGCGGUACAAAUCAGACCGUUAACGUUGUAGUCCAAUAUAGACCAGAAGAGUACAACCGAUUCGAAGCAAAAAUUCAUGACCUCAAGCAACAAAUGUCACAUCCUGUAUCAGGAGGUACAUUACUGAGAACAUCACAGAAGAGAUCUCUAUAUGUUAGGGCUCUCUUCGACUACGACCCGACGAAGGACGACGGGCUGCCGAGCCGCGGAUUGGCCUUCCGCCACGGCGACAUCUUGCACGUGACCAACGCGGGGGACGACGAGUGGUGGCAGGCGCGCAGGGUGGUGCUCGACACGGGCGACGAGCACGGCAUGGGCAUCGUGCCAUCGAAGCGACGGUGGGAGAGGAAGCAGAGGGCGCGCGACAGAUCGGUGAAGUUCCAGGGACACGUGCCGAACGUGCUGGAUAAGCGAGAAUACGAAGUAGAUGGAAGAGACUACCAUUUUGUUUCGUCUCGGGAACAAAUGGAAAAGGAUAUCCAGAACCAUCUCUUUAUCGAAGCCGGUCAAUACAAUGAGAACCUGUAUGGUACGUCAGUGGCGUCGGUGCGGGAAGUAGCAGAUAAGGGUAAACAUUGUAUAUUAGACGUUAGUGGCAACGCGAUAAAACGAUUACAAGUUGCGCAAUUGUACCCUAUCGCUAUAUUCAUCAAGCCGAAAUCUGUGGAAUCUAUCAUGGAAAUGAAUAAGAGAAUGACAGAGGAACAGGCCAAGAAAACUUUUGAAAGGGCUAUCAAGAUGGAACAAGAGUUCGGAGAAUACUUCACAGCCGUAGUGCAAGGCGACACGCCCGAAGACAUCUACAACCAGGUGAAGGAGGUGAUCGAGGAGCAAUCGGGCCCGAAAAUUUGGGUGCCGGCCAAGGAGAAGCUGUGA